AUGAACUCUUGUUCUUUAUACCACUGUGCUCUGCACACUCUGAGUCUGGCAGUGCUUGUUGCUGGAAGUGUCCACCCAGAAUGUGAUUUUAUGGUAGAGCUGAAGAAAAAGGAGGCUGAAUGUCUGGAGGCCCCACAGGAGCAUGGAAAUGCAACAUCACCAGGUUGCAAGAGAACUUGGGACAAAUUGCUGUGCUGGCCAGAGGCAGCUGCUGGAGAGACUCUUGCCUUACCAUGUCCAAACAUCCUCUUUCACUUCAUGAAGGAGCCAGCUGGGAUGAUAAAACGAAACUGCACAAAAAAGGGCUGGUCUGACCCAUUCCCUCCCUACCAUGUGGCCUGUCCAGUGGAAGAUGAGAUUCCUCUUGAAGAACAAUCCUACUUUUCUACUAUAAAGAUCAUCUACACCGUGGGGUACAGCGUGUCCAUCACCUCCCUCAUCAUUGCUGUGACAGUUCUUAUUGCAUUCAGGAGGCUUCGCUGUCCCAGGAAUUACAUCCAUGUCCAGCUCUUUUUCACAUUCAUCCUAAAGGCUAUUGCCAUUUUCAUUAAGGACGCUGUCCUUUUCCAGCAGGAAAGCAUUGAUCACUGCAGCUUCUCUACAACCCAAUGCAAGAUCUCCGUGGUUUUCUGUCACUACUUCAUGAUGACCAAUUUCAUGUGGCUGCUGGUGGAGGCUCUCUACCUAAAUUGCCUGCUGCUCUCAUCCCUUUCUCAUGGGAGAAAAUAUUUUUGGUGGCUGGUUCUCUUUGGCUGGGGUUUUCCAACACUUUUCACCCUUAUGUGGAUAUUGACAAAAUUCUACUUUGAAGACACAGCAUGCUGGGAUAUUAAUCAAGGCUCUCCUUAUUGGUGGCUAAUCAAAGGCCCAAUUAUAAUUUCUGUGGGGGUAAAUUUUGUCCUAUUUAUCAACAUCAUCAGAAUUUUGCUGAAAAAACUAGACCCCAGACAAAUUAACUUCAAUAAUUCUUCUCAGUACAGACGUCUCUCAAGGUCAACUCUGCUUCUAAUUCCAUUAUUUGGAACCCAUUACAUUGUCUUCAACUUCCUCCCAGAAUACACCAGCCUGGGGGUUCGCCUCUACUUGGAGCUCUGCAUUGGAUCUUUUCAGGGGUUUAUUGUGGCGGUUCUCUAUUGUUUCCUGAACCAAGAGGUGCAAACGGAGAUCGGCCGGAGGUGGCACGGGAAGAGGUUUGGGUUUGUGCCAGUGUGGAGGAGAACCAGGUGGACUGUGCCAUCCAGCUCUGGGGUGAAAAUGACCACUUCUGUGUGCUGAAAAGGGCCUGAGGACAUGGAGGGGAAAAAACCCCACCAACAAAACCAAACCCAAACAAUAAGCAAACAAAGUUUUACCAAACAUAACUCGUUUAUCAUGAGUCAGUUGGAGGAGGAUCCCCUUCUGCAGUUCUGACCACUACAAACAUAGAAAUGCCUAUUCUG